CAUAGAGCGGCGAACUUCUCAACUACGAAUCCCAUGAAACCUCGCCGUGUUUCAUGUCAAUAUGGCCACUGUCAGUCAGACAAAGGCAAAUCAGUCUCGCCAAGAAAUGAAAUCAAAUUAAGAGAGGACAGGAGAAACUCUGACAUUGUGGAGACCUGCUUUUGCAUGUUCCGCGUCGGAGAUAAAGCUAACCAAAUCCAUCCAUUCGUGGUGGACGGCGGCUCUCGAUUCAACAAGCAAGGAUGUCCCAGUACUCUGAUGAGCCAAGGUUCACCAUUGAGCAGAUCGACUUACUGCAGCGUCUCAGGAGGACAGGAAUGACAAAGCCUGAGAUCCUCCAUGCCCUCAACACCCUGGAGCGUCUUGACCAACAGCACGGACACAAGUUCCCCCACAGGCCCCCCCACCUGGGCCUCUCAGCCAAUAUCAACCCAAACACCACGUCCUCUUCCUCCUCCGCCAAUAACGUGACAGCUUCCUCCUCUACCAUCUCCACUGCCACCCAGACCGCUGCGUACCGGGGGAACGGUCUCUCGGCGUCGCCUAGCAACAACUAUGACGGCUCCCCGCCCUCCCCGCAGGCCCCGGCCCCCGUUGCCAUGGCGGGUGUGUCGGCCCAGAACGGGCGUGUCAGCAGUGAGGGGCUGGUUGUCAUGACGAAUGGGAAGGGGUCUCCGCCGCGGUUUCCUGUGAGCGUGAGCACGGUUAGCGGUACUGUCGGGGGGAGGGGCUUUGUGUACGAGCCCAGCGAGGAUGAUGUGGACAUAGAGGACAAGGUGGAGGAGCUGAUGAGACGGGACAGUGCCAUCAUCAAGGAGGAGAUCAAGACCUUCCUUGGGAACAGGCGUAUUUCUCAGGCAGUGGUUGCACAGGUCACAGGUAUCAGUCAGAGUCGUAUCUCCCACUGGCUCCUCCAGCAAGGCUCAGACCUCAGUGAGCAGAAGAAGCGGGCCUUCUACCGCUGGUACCAGAUGGAGAAGACCACGCCUGGUGCCACUCUAACCAUGCGGCCAACGCCAUUGGCCCUGGAGGACGUGGUGGAGUGGCAUCAGACCCCGCCUCCCAUAAGCUCCACCCCAGGAAGCUUCCGUCUACGACGAGGAAGUCGCUUCACCUGGCGGAAGGAAUGCCUGGCUGUUAUGGAGAGCUACUUCAAUGAAAACCAGUACCCUGAUGAGGCCAAGAGAGAGGAGAUAUCCAACGCCUGCAACGCUGUCAUCCAGAAACCAGGGAAGAAGCUAUCUGAUCUUGAGAGGGUAACCUCUCUGAAGGUCUACAACUGGUUCGCUAACCGCAGGAAGGAGAUCAAGAGACGAGCCAACAUAGCCCAGUCUGGUAGAUAUGUUAUGGCCAGAUCUGUGUUGUUGGAAGAAGCAGCAAUCCUGGAAAGCCAUGGCAUCGAUGUUCAGAGUCCAGGAGGCCACUCCAACAGUGAUGACAUUGACAGCAACGAGUUUCCAGACCAGGCCUGUGAGGUGUCCUCCCUGUUUGAGAAGAGAGUAGUGUCCCGACCCUACGGUCUGAGUAGACUAGACCUCUCGUCUCCUACACAGGUGCCGACCCUCCUACCCAGCUGGCUGGCUGCCUGGCCCAACCCGGCCAAGGGGGCCAUGGCCGCAUUCAGGGGCAGUUCUCUGGUUGGUCGUGCCUCUUUGCCAGGGGUGGGGCAACAGGCAGAGGGUACCAGACUGACUGGCGUCUCCUGGUCUCCCCCCUCCCCCUCCCUACAGGACGAGUCGACCAAUCACAGCGAGCAGCAGGACCCCAUCACCCUUGCAGUGGAAAUGGCAGCUGUCAAUCACAGCAUCCUGGCCCUCGCCACACAAGCGGGGGGUGUGACUAGGGGGACUGGAAGUGACAUAAAGACUGAGAUGCUGGAUGAGGACUGAAGAUUGGAUGGUGGAGUGGGAGAUGGAUUGUGUGAGUGUGAGUGUGUGUGAGUGUGUGUGAGAGUGUGUGAGAGUGUGUGUGUGUGUGUGUGUGUGUGUGUGUGUGUGUGUGUGAGAGAGAGAG